GGACGCUGAUCAGCAUUGACAAUCCACGUGCGUUUGUGCCGCUCUCCUUUGAGUGAAGGUUAAACGCUGCUGUCAGUUUACUGCAUUUAAUCGGAACCUGGUUGGGGUUUAAACGGGCUGAAAAUCCAACAUGGACCCCAUGAAAGCGCAGCAACUGGCGGCCGAACUCGAGGUGGAAAUGAUGGCAGACAUGUACAACCGAAUGACCAACGCAUGUCACAGGAAGUGUGUUCCUCCUCACUAUAAGGAAGCAGAAUUGUCGAAAGGUGAAGCAGUGUGUCUGGAUCGCUGCGUGGCCAAGUACCUUGAUUUGCACGAGAGGCUGGGUCGUAAACUCACUGAGCUCUCUGUACAGGACGAGGAGAUGAUGAGGAACGCAGCCACCGGCACUAGGUAGACCUACCAGGACUCUCAAAGAGCGACAAAGUGCGGCCUGGGGUGGACUGGAGAGGGGACAGGAAACGCACUAACAUAUUCCAGACGUCCAAAUGAAGUGGAUGUGGAGUAUAGUAAUGUGUGUGAGAAGACACCUCACCAGUCUUCAGUUAAAUCUCACUCUCCCUCUCUCCAUAGUUUGAAGUUGGGGUUGGAAUAAUGGUGACCCAGAUAUGAUUUGCCCACAGGUUGCUUGUCAAAAUUGCAGAAUCCUUGUUGGAAUUGUUAAUCAGUUACUGUGACAUGAUUGACUUACUCAUCACUUAGUGUUUUGUCUAAAAGCCCAAAUGUAUGUGGACCAGGUUGUGCAUGAUGGACAUUACAUUUGUUUGGGUUCUCCAUUGGUUUUAAUCUGUGGGGCUUUUUUUUUUUUAUGUCUUUUUAUAUUUUUGUUCAAAUAAUUCAUACCAACACUGUACAAAACCUGUGCAAGUGUGUUAUUGAUCAUGUUGGAAGACUCACAUUUGCUGCAUAGUAUAAUUAAAUCUCUUAAUAUA